AUGCCUCGAAGUCAGAAGAAUAGACACCGUGGUCACAAAAAACACAAAAAGACUGUGAAAAAAACUGAACGGCUGGUGGGUGCCCAGGCUACUGUAUCAAAGGAACAUGAGUAUCCCUCUUCCUCUUCUGCUAGCAUCAAAGGGAUUCCUCAUGGUUCAAUUGCUGAUACAUCCAGCAAUAACCAAGGAGCUAGGGGUACCUCAUCCACAACUAAGGCUACAGUUAGUUUAGGCUCAAAAUCUGGUGAAGAUAAAAAAAGCAGUGUGAAGGAGAGGGCAAAAAUUACCACCCAAAUCACUAAGAAAUACACCAAUGAUGCCCUAGAUGAAAUGGUAGUGACAUUAGUACAUUACAUGCUACACAAGUAUCAAAUGAAGGAACCCAUUACGAAGGCAAGCCUACUGAGAAAUAUAACCCAAGCUCCUAAGAGGCACAUUCCCGAGAUUCUAAGUAGAGUUUUUGACCACAUAGAAUUAGUCUUUGGCCUUGACAUUAAGGAAGUAGAGCCCAACAGGCACAUUUAUGUCCUAGUCAACAAACUGAAAACAUGCUCUGACAAAAGGCUGGCUGAUGGCAGAGUUGUGCCCAAAUCUGGCCUGCUGAUGACUCUCCUUGGUGUAAUUUUCACAAAAGGCAAUUGUGCUACUGAGGAGCAAAUCUGGCAAGUUCUAAAUCGGAUGGGGUUCCAUGAUGGGAAGAAACAUUUCCUUUUUGGUGAGCCUAGGAAGCUUAUCACCCGUGAAUUUGUAAAAGAAAGGUAUCUGCAAUAUGAGCAGGUAGCUAACAGUUAUCCUCCACGCUAUCAAUUCCUGUGGGGCCCAAAAGCCCAUGCUGAAACCACCAAGAUGGAGGUCCUUCAGUUUUUGUCCAAAAUCCAUGAAACUGUCCCUAUUGCCUUCCCAUCCUUAUACGUGGAGGCACUGAUAGAUCAAGAAGAAAGAUCCAAAUCCAGAGUUGCAGCCAAGGAUUGUACUGCUCCUAAGACCAAAUCACGUUGCAAGGCAAAGUCCAGACACUUCACCUGCCCCCGCUAA